AUGCCUGGCAAACUAUUUCUUGAGAGUACUGUCUUUAAGCUCCUGGAAAAUAAGGUGAAACUUCAAUCCCAUCUUGGCAGUUUUAUUUCAAAUCCAUUGUUGCUGGGUCAAAAUAUAUAUGAACCUGUACUCCACUUGCUGGUGAAUGAAAACACGUUUUGCUCCACAUUGUGCCUAUGUGCAUCACGUCCUGGAGGAUGGGACCGGUGCAGCUUCUGGGAACAAGACAAAGAUUGCGGUUGCGCGCUCGUGAAAUAUCAAGCGAGCCCCCGUUGAUGUGUGCGGCCCCAUCUUUAAAAAGCCUCAUCUGGCUGAAUAGAAGGAAGCGGCUUCAGCUUCCCCAGGAAAUGGGAAGAGGAAACCCGGUGACUCUGACCCCUGCAUUACUGCCACAAGACGACUCGGUGGAGAGAGAAAGAACGAGGGAAGGGCGGAGAGUGGCUCUUGUUAAAGUGAGACGCUUGAGGGAGUUGUGCUUCCAAACUCUAAAGAGAUACUCGUACAAGAUGAAGCUUCUCCUCCGAGCUGCGACUACUUUAUGCUGCUGUUGGCUGUGCUGCUCACUCGAACUGGACCCUACUGGGAGGAAUGUCUGCCACAAGCCCAGGGAUCCAUCCACCCUUGUGUGCUGCACCGGCUGGCGUCAGAAUGGCAAAGAGUGCACAAUUCUGGUGUCUUGUUGGUGUGUUUGUGUGUGUGCGUGUACAGCUGUGUGUGAGGGGGAGCAGGCCUGUCUGAAGGAUGAGCUUUGUGUGUAUCCUGGAGUGUGUCGCUGCCCACCUGGCUACUAUGGAGCGCAUUGUAAAACACGGUGUCCUCCGGAGUUCUGGGCAUCAGACUGUCGUCAGGUGUGCCCCUGUCACCCACAUGGCCGCUGUCACUCCGUCACCGGUGAAUGCACCUGCAACCCCAAUCGCUGGGGUCCUCUGUGCCAGUACGCCUGCAAAUGCGCCCGCCACGGAGUCUGCCACCCCGUGUACGGAAACUGCACCUGCGAUGAAGGCUGGUGGUCGUCCACUUGCGUCAAGCCGUGCCAGUGCGUCCCCAGGGGCUCGGCGGGCCCCGGCUGCGACCAACUGACGGGCCGCUGCCAGUGCCACAAGGGACACUGGGGGCUGAAAUGUCCCGUCACUUGCAACUGCUACUUGUCGCAGUGCAACCAGCGCACCGGUGUGUGCGAGUGCGAGGCCGGCUGGUGGGGGGCCAGCUGUGACCGGCGAUGUAACUGUGACCUCGCACACAGUAGAUGUGACCCUGCCACCGGACAGUGUCUGUGCCACCCGGGUUACGAGGGCGACUUCUGCAACCAGCCAUGUAAACCUGGGAUGUACGGCAGCGGUUGCAAAACGAGUUGUGGACGCUGUAAAGACGACGAACCGUGCUCCUCCAUCGACGGCACAUGUGCGGCUUGUGAGACCGGCUGGAAUGGGACACAGUGCGACCGCCUGUGCCCGCCUGGUUACUAUGGUAACAGCUGCCUGGAGACAUGCCCACGGUGCAGAAAUAAGGAGCCCUGCGAUCCCAAAACUGGGAAAUGUUGGAGCUGUGAUCCGGGAUGGACAGGACCCAGGUGCGAGGAGGUCUGCUCUGACAGGACGUAUGGAGAGGCUUGCCGCUUCCUGUGCAGCCCAUGUUACCAUGGUGAUUGCCAUCACGUGACAGGAAAAUGCAUCUGUCAGCCAGGCUUUCAGGGGGAGAGUUGUAACAACAGUUGCUCCGGCACACAGUUUGGCUUCAACUGUUCCUCAGCGUGUGACUGUGGCGAAGGCUUCAGCUGCCACCCGCUCACUGGUGCCUGCCCCAACAGUGGCCGAGGUGCUCUACUGGCGGGCCUACUGGUUCCUUUCCUCCUGUUGCUCCUCGCUGUCCUAUGCUGCUGCCUGUGUUGUGGAGGAGCUCCAGCAGAUGGCAAAGACAGGAUGAAUGUGUCAGACGGAGGGCUGUCAGUGCGAAUGAAAUAUCACGUCUACAGCGUCCUGGCUAACAUUGGCGCCGCCCUACCUUGCAUCUCUGACUGGUCUUCGGGCCUCCCUCGUGUCACUGUGUCUCACCAUGACCCCGAGCUGACCUUCAACCACAGCUUCAUUGAGCCCCCUUCCUCCGGCUGGGUGACCGAAGGGUCGUCCUUCGACAGUGAUGAGGAGGAGGGGGAGGCUCUCUACUGCGUCCCCCCCAGAGAAGACAUCCCAGGAAUGGAGGGUAGCCACUUCCAGGAGAUGAGCUCCAAGUGUAACAUGCUCUUGGACCCGUCGGGCUUCAGCACCGAGGACAUAACCUCCCCCUUCGACAUUCCCCGCACUUCCAGCAUCGCCAAAUCCAAGCGGCCGUCCGUUUCUUUUGCAGAGGGCACCCGCUUCAGCCCCAAGGAGAGGCGCGGUUCGGCUCAAGACGUCGCCUCUUUGUCCGGGCACCCUCGCAAACCCAAGUCCACCUGGGGGGGUUUGGUGCUUUCUGCCAGACCAGGCGAGGAAGACGGAGGCGAGGCUGAGGAGAGGGAAGAUGGCGUAGAAUUUCAAAUAAUGGAGCACCAAGAUUUGAGCUGCGAGGUUGCGGACCAGGAGGACGAUUUAAAGUCGAGCAACACAACCCGGACGGCAUCCGGACGAAGACGUACCAUGUCCAACACAGCUGCUCAACGCAAAGCGUCGGCCCCUUCUGCUUCCGAUCGUCCGUCCGGUGUUUCAAACAAGGUCACCACAGUGUACGUAACAGUGGGCAAGGCGGGGAGGCCCACGUCCAAACUGGAAAUGAGCUCAGAAGGCCCCGUUCAGGCCAUGUUAAGGCGAAUCGGAAGUCUCCAGAGACAAAGGGAGCAGGGGCCUGGCAAAAGCAAACCCAAGGACACAGAAGCCAUCGCCAAACCCCCUAGGAGGAAACUCGGGGCCCGGAGGAGCGUGUGGGAGCAGGGUGGACCUUCGGGAGUCGAGCUCGCCAUUAGUAAACCCGUGAGGAGGAAACACGCUUCUGACACGGUUGCUAACGACUCGCCGUCGACUGAGAGCAUUCCUCUUAAAAGACCGCUGUCGUCCAUUUUAAAGAGCGUUCCGGAGGUGGCGUCGGCUGACUUUCAUGGCUCGGACAGACGGCAAGGACGUGAGCCCAGUGGGGAGGGCAGUUACCUGACUGUGGGGCCAGCAGGGGACGCUGACACUCUCACUGAGGUCCGGACCGUUGAGCGUGAAGUGGUGAGCGGGAAGGAUGAACCAUGCUAUGAAAACGUAAUGAUUACACACUCAUAUACCUCAAACACAAGCGCAUAAGAGUACUCUACUGUAGUGCAAGGGUGGCUUUUGGAGUAUAUUUUCAAACUUAGCAUGCAUAAGUGAAGUACAAUACACACAACCUACACUGUAUAUAUAUAUAUAUAUAUAUAUAUAUAUAUAUUAUCUGAAAAAUAAACUUACCGUAAUAUAUCAUGUAACAUUUGUAAUAUUGCUUCUGACAAUUGUUUUUGUCAUACUUUUAUACUGUAUUUGUGUAGAAUUUUGUAAUGACAUUUUAGAUUUUGGUCAUUGUACUGUGGUGCUUACAUCAAGGGAGAAAGACUGAAAUACAUGUGCAGUUGUGAAUGAAUUGUUCUGAAUAUCAUCACAGCGGCAAAAGAAUAGUUCGGCUACGAAAGUAGUUGAUGUUUUUAUUCCUUAUAGGUAAACACAAACACAAUGUUGAGAUUGUAAAAAAGUGGAAGGAUUGGGGCCUUGAAAAACAACAACCCUCAACUCAUUUCUACAGUUAUUGCUGCAGGAUUCAAUCCACAAAUCCAUUAAAUCCAAGGAUGUCACAUAAAUGAGUAAGUGGGAAUCAUACGAUAAAUAAUGUGAGCAUAAAUUAUUUACCGUUGCGUGAAAUUAGGAAUACCAUUGUUGCAGUUGGUUUUAGUUUUUUAGAAGGUGCACUCAGGAACAGUACCUCUGAAGCUUUUGCCUUUGCAUUGUAUUAUGAUGGAAUAGUAGUUAACGAAGUGGGUCGUCUAGAGUUUGGACUUUCGAUCAUCUUCAAUAUUUGCUCAAGCUGACAAGCAAGCUAGUUACGUGUUACACUGAUCCCAUCUCACACAAA